UUUUGCAAAAACAGUGUGCUAUCUGAGAUUAAAAAAACAUUUUUUACUGUCCUGGUUACCCUAAUAAGUAUGGCCUUUGCAUUGGCAGCUGUUUUAAGCAGUACAUAACAAUUGUCAAUUAAUGAAUCAGAAUAUUCAAAUAUUUUAUGCAUUCCAUACCAAUAACCAAUUUGCUACCAUAUGGCCAUACUGAUACAUCCAUAAAAGGUGCGGCAAGAGAACAUACUGUUAAGCCAGCCUUUUUUGCAGCAGCAGGGACAUCUUGCCACCAGACACAGAGGAUUGGCUCGCCACAGAAAAAUCCCUCUGACCGAGACCCUAAGUCUUACUCGUUGCAAUAUGGACGUGUGGGAGCAGACAUAACAAUUAACUGCAAUACCACCUUAUCUAACGUGGAAUGGCAAAUAAAUGGAGAAAUAAUUCAGAAGAAUGAGAACAUGUAUACAAAUGGCACUCAACUCACUCUACUCCAUGUGAACAGAGACCAGGAGGGCAUCUAUAGUUGUCAUUUACCACACACCAAGCACAUUGUGAUGCAAACAUAUCUACAGUUGGGAUAUCCUCCAGAAAAGCUCCAGGUACAGUGUUGGGCCAUGAGUUACCCAGAAAAGCUUAAGUGUACCUGGGAUCUCAAACCUGAUACCCUUCUGCACACCACUUUCAUAAGCACCUACAGGUUGGGUUUGGAGAGUCAUGAACCUUCUUGCCGCUGUGUCCAAUUCAGACAAGAUCCAUAUAGCUGCCUGAUUAGUGAAUUUCAGUUGUUUACAGAUGUACCAUAUCUUCUCAAUGUCACAGCCACCAACCCAUUGGGCUCCAUCACACAGGUUUUUCCUUUCAUUGUUGAAGACAUCAUUCGUCCAGAUCCACCUGAGAAUGUGACCCUUUCCUCUGUAGUUGGGGAAAAAACGAAACUACUCUUGUGCUGGAGUCCCCCACAUUCAUGGCCCUAUCCAGAUCAUUUCCCCCUCAUGUAUAUGAUUCGUUACAAGAGAGUAAAUGCAAAGACUUAUAGAAUGAUUGGCCCUUAUGGUUUUACAUGCUUCAUCUUGGUGGGAAUCAGGCCUCGAGGAACUGUGCAAGCACAAGUAGCUGCAAAAGAUUUCACAGACUAUGGAGAGUACAGCAAUUGGAGUGUGGCUGCAAUAGGGCAACCAUGGAGUUGAGGUCAUCUUGCAUAAAGAUAAAUCUAUCGGUUGUGAAGAUAUUGUAGCUACUGAAUAUGGAUGGGUAUAUAUACACCACUCGAACCAUCCUGCAAUUUAAAGCCCACACAAUGAAUGACACUUGUGUGAUUGGAGGGGUCCUCAACACAGAUAUCUGCUCAA